AUGAUAACCGUCAGUGAUCAAGAUCAGACAUCUGCGCUGCCCGUCGCUUCAGAAAAUACGGAGGACCUCUUCGGAGACGAAACAGCUCAGGGUGAUGGAGAGUCCGCUGUGCCGAAGGAGGUUCCUGUUGCCGACCCCAAGAAAGAAAUUGACCAAGAAGCUUUCACACACAUUAGUGGAAAGAAGACAUAUGUAAACAUUGAUCACUCCGAUUUAUUUCCUUACCUACUUGUAAAUAUAGGUUCUGGUGUUAGUAUUAUCAAGGUCACUGGAAAUAAAAAAUUCAAACGUGUAACUGGUACUCAAUUCGGUGGUGGCACCAUUUUUGGUUUUGCAAGUUUACUAACAAAUUGCCAGAGUUAUGAUGAGUUGUUAGAAAUCAGUCAGCACGGAGAUAAUCGAGCACUGGAUUUAACAGUUGGAGAUAUUUAUGGGGAUACAGGUUAUCCUGAGCUACGAAUAUUGUGA